AUGGGUGCCAUUGAUGUUGCUGCAUGUGCGCUGUUGGUGGCUGUGUGUCUUCUGAGUACAGCUGCUCCAUCUUUAGCAGUCUACAGCAAUGGAGAAUGUACCUUCAACACUAAAGGGAGCUGUGAAUAUCAGGGACAGGUCUUUGGUAUUGGUGACAGCUGGAUUACUAAUGACUGCUACCACUGUGUGUGCAUGGAACCCUUCGGAGUAGGUUGCUGUGAUCACAAUCUGCAGCCAGUGGAUUAUCCAGACUGGUGUGAGGUCAUUAAGAAGCCUGAUUCAUGUCUCAGCGUAGUAGUGAUGAAGGCUAAUCAUAAGCUUCCCUGCUUCUAUGGGAAAUGGGGGAAACGUCCAGACACUUGGAAAUCUGACAACGACCCAAUAUUUUAGUUAAUUAUCUUUAAUAUCUUUAUAGUUAAUGUUUUUUUGUGUGCAAUUUGUUCAAAUGCAGGAAUCUGAUGAGUAGAGUGUGUUAAAUUCCUGUAACAUAUGUACAUA